AUACCUCUUCUUUUGAAAUAUUUCAGUUAAUCAAAGAAUAGUCUGCUAAUCAUUCUAUAGCUUAAAUCGUGAUUAUUCUAAAGAGACACCAUAAUGAAAUACUUAGCUGCUUACUUAUUAUUAGUCCAAGGUGGUAAUGCUGCCCCAUCCUCCGCUGACAUUUCUUCUUUAUUAGAAUCUGUUGGUGUUGAAGCUGAAGAAUCCAGAAUCUCCACUUUAUUAGCCGAAUUAGAAGGUAAGGAUGUCAACCAAUUAAUCGCUGAAGGUAACACCAAGUUAGCUUCCGUCCCAUCUGGUGGUGCUGCUCCAGCUGCUGCUGGUGCUUCUGCUGCUUCUGGUGCUGCUGCCGAAGAAGCUGCUGAAGAAGCCGCUGAAGAAGCUAAGGAAGAAUCUGAUGAUGACAUGGGUUUCGGUUUAUUUGAUUAGAGAAAUCAUGCAGGGA